AUGCUUGCAGACACCAUUGUCCCAGAACUGAAGAAGAUGUACGAGCAGCAGCGAGAUCAAAUCCUCGGCACGCAGUUCAAUGUCGACUCACUGGCCGGCGCGCAGGAGCAGGCAGAGAUCAACAUCAUGACAGUCGAAGCCAUGAAAGUGGGCCAUCAAGACCUGAAGGAACGAUACCAGCAAAUUGGUGGUGUCAUGGACAUUGAAAAGCUGAUGGACAACAUGGCAGAUCUUAACGACGAAAUUGCCGACAUCAACGAGGCCAUCUCCACGACGUAUGCGGUCCCGGACGGCUUCGAUGAGGCGUCCUUCGAAGCUGAGUUCAGCGCCCUUGAAGAAGAGAUGAAGAUGGAAGCUUUGGCAGGUAUCAGCUCCACUGCGAAGCCAUCUUAUUUGCCAGCCGAGACACCUGCGGCGACAGAAGCGAAGGAGCCUGCGGCAUCUGCCGCAGAGCCUGCCGAGGCGGCGAGAGGCUGA